AUGGCUGCGCCCAUUGACAAGUGUAAUUUUGUGAAUGAAGUCACGCAUACCGUCAGUAGAAAAAGGAAAAGAAAAAAACGUUCUAAUCACAAACCAGUCACACUGUCACCCACGAAAAGGUUGAAGAAGGACAGGGUGCUGAUUAAUCAAGUACACACACUAAACAAAGAAUUAGAAAAAAUUAACUCUAACUCAACUCUUGAUGAGAAAGCAAAGAAGAAGAAAUCUAAAAUAAUACACAAGAAAAUUGACGAGCUUGGCGGAUUAGAAACAUACCAGAUCACAUCAAAGUUGGGUGAAUAUCGUCAUGGAAAUACCAAUACAGCUACUUGGGUGGCAAAACAUCUAAAAACCUGUUACAUUUGUACAGAAUUAAAGGGUGAAAAAAUUCAUCUGUUGGAUGUCGGUGCACUGGACUUGAAUUACAAAAAAUACUUUUGGAUUAAAUGUACUGCCAUAGAUCUAAAUCCGCAACACAGAAAGAUUAUCAAAGCAGAUUUCUUGCAAUUUCAGAGUGAUGAAUGCGCAGUAUAUGAUGUCCUCGUUCUUAGUCUGGUUAUCAAUUUUGUAGGUGAUCCACUGAAAAGGGGACGUAUGUUGAUAAAAGCCCAAGUUUUAUUAAAACAGAAAGGAUAUCUUAUUAUUGUACUGCCAUUGGCCUGCUUGGAAAACUCACGAUAUAUCACAGCUAAUAUAUUGUAUGAAAUGCUGCAGACACUGGGAUUUGACAUUACUAAAAUUCAUAAUAGUAAAAAACUGAGGAUGAAUACACCUCCAAAGUGA